AUAUUUACAUCUUCUGUCUCUACAACCCUAACCCAUUGCAUUCAACAAACCAAAGCUGCCUCUGUAUUUGCCUUUUGUUUUUGCGCAAUUUUUUCUUCAUCUCAUACACACAACACCAACAUGCAAAAUCACAAUUAGCAACAAGCCCCUUACAAAUUCUCACUCAUAUAACCUAAGAGAUAUACAUACAAAUUUGUUAUGGCAACAGCUGAGGCAGCUUCUGCAGGGCUUGGCCCUAGAUAUGCGCCCGAUGACCCUACUCUUCCACAACCGUGGAAGGGGUUGAUCGAUGGCAGCACUGGUGUGUUAUACUAUUGGAAUCCUGAAACCAAUGUUACACAAUAUGAAAAACCUGCCCCCUUAACGUCACCCUUGCCUGCGCCUGUGGCUUCUGCACCGAGCUUGGCACCUAUACCUGUGGCUCACACAAUGCAGGCUGGUGGGAUGGCACCGCAGCAUGGGCAGCAGUUAAUGCAAGGGCAGCCCUCGCAACAGCAGGUGGGUCACCUUGCCCAACAGCAUGGCCAGUCGAUGCCACCUCAGCAACAGCAGCAGCAGAGUCCCCAUAUGGUGCAGACCACUCAGCAGAAUCCCUCUCAGGGUGGUCAGUCUGCACCACAGCAGAACUCAUUGAUGACGCAGUCAGUGCCGCAGCCAGGUUUACAUCAAGCCAGACAGCAAAUGAUGCAGCCCCAGGGGCAGAUGUUGCAGCAGCCUCAAGGACAGCAAAUUCAACAUCAGAUGCCGCCACAGACAAUGCAUUCUCAGCAUUUUGGCCAAGGAAUGCCUCAGGAUCAUGGCUCACAUAUUGUACCUCCACAAGUACAUCAGUUCCCUACCCAAAACAUGCACUAUAUGUCAUAUCAGCAAAACAUUAUUACACCCAGGCAACCAAACUCUCAACACAUUCAGCCAAACACUGUCUCACCUGGGCAACCUAAUCCUCAGCAGGUUCAGCAUAACAUGCAUGGUCAGCCCUUCGAAAAUCAACAAACAGCAUUUCAAAAGGUAGAGGAAACUGAGUUUAAAAAUGGAAGUCAGGUUGGACUUUCACCAUCCCAGUAUCCGCAGAGGAGUACCUUGCCUGCUCAGAAUAAUCAGAACCUUCCUGCUGACACAGCUUCUGGUCAAAUGCCUAAUGUAGGUGUCAAUGCUGGUCAGCCACAGCAAUUCAGGACUUCCUUAUCAGGCAGUGUACAGAAGUCACCCUCUGCAAUGCCAUUGCAGCAGGGUGGAUCUGAUUUAUAUUACCAACAUGGUCCUAACUUUAAUAAGCAGAUGAGCCCAGGAAUGAUGCAUGGUCAUCCAUCCAAUGUCCAUCCUGUUGGCCAAAAGAUGAGUCACGAGGAUAAUUUACGUGGCAGAGCAGGAAAUGAAUAUUACUAUAAUUCUAACAAAGAUAUGCCAACAAUGGGUCGUCCGCAACCAGAUAUGACUCAAAUACCCGUUCCUAGAAAUCAGCAGGAUAUGAGGAUCGGCAAUACUCCUUUUCAAAAUGUAAUGCCAAGUGGAAAUGGAAGUGGUAUUGCUGGGAAUGCUAUGCCUAGCAUGUUUGUUCCUCCAAUGGGAGGACCUUCACCUCUCUCUAAUAACACUUUAAUGAGGCCUUCCUAUAUGGGAUCUUCUGAUGCAAGUGAUCUUUCACCUGCUGAAAUUUACUGCCAGCAACAUGAAGUUACAGCAACGGGUGGUGACAUUCCCCCUCCUUUCAUGACAUUUGAUGCUACUGGUUUUCCUCCAGAGAUAUUGAGAGAGAUAUAUUCUGCUGGCUUCUCAAAUCCAACACCAAUACAGGCUCAAACAUGGCCUGUUGCACUACAGGGUAGAGACAUAGUAGCAAUUGCCAAAACUGGCUCAGGGAAAACAUUGGGUUACUUAAUCCCUGCCUUCAUUCUUCUUAGACAGCGACAAAAUAAUUCUCUGAAUGGCCCCACUGUCUUGGUUUUGGCUCCAACACGGGAACUUGCGACACAGAUUCAUAAUGAGGUUAUCAAGUUUGGUCGAUCAUCACGAGUCUCUUGCACGUGCUUGUAUGGUGGAGCACCUAAAGCCUUUCAACUAAAGGAGUUAGAUCGGGGAGCAGACAUUGUUGUUGCCACACCCGGUCGGCUCAAUGACAUACUUGAAAUGAAGAAAAUUGACUUUGGGCAAGUUUCACUACUUGUGCUUGAUGAGGCUGACAGAAUGCUUGACAUGGGUUUUGAGCCUCAAAUCCGGAAGAUUGUGGAUGAGAUUCCUGCACGAAGACAAACUCUCAUGUACACUGCAACCUGGCCAAAAGAAGUAAGAAAAAUUGCUAGUGAACUUCUUGUGAAUCCAGUCCAGGUUAACAUUGGAAGUGCAGAUGAGCUUGCUGCAAAUAAAGCCAUCACACAGUAUGUUGAAGUUGUCCCACAAAUGGAGAAGCAGAGGCGUUUGGAGCAGAUCCUCAGAUCCCAAGAACGAGGUUCUAAGGUCAUAAUAUUUUGCUCCACGAAGAGGUUAUGUGAUCAACUAGCUCGUAAUAUUGGCCGCACUUUUGGGGCUGCUGCAAUUCAUGGAGACAAGUCUCAAGGUGAGAGAGAUUGGGUUUUAAGUCAGUUCCGGACUGGGAAGUCACCAAUUCUGGUUGCCACUGAUGUUGCAGCUCGUGGGCUUGAUAUUAAGGAUAUAAGGGUGGUAAUAAAUUAUGAUUUCCCCACUGGAAUUGAGGACUAUGUGCACCGUAUAGGAAGAACUGGAAGAGCAGGUGCUACUGGAGUGUCAUAUACAUUUUUCUCUGAGCAGGACUGGAAACACGCAGGUGAUUUAAUCAAAGUUUUGGAGGGUGCUAAUCAGCAUGUGCUUCCAGAGUUAAGACAGAUGGCUAUGCGUGGGCCAUCAAACUUUGGAAAGGAACGGGGUGGGAUGAGUAGGUUUGAUUCUGGUGGUGGGCGUUGGGAGACUGGUGGUCGUGGUAGCAUGAGAGAUGGUGGCUUUGGUGGUCGUGGUGGCAUGAGAGAUGGUGGCUUUGGUGGUCGUGGGGGUGGCAUGAGGGAUGGUGGCUUUGGGGGCCGUGGGGGUGGCAUGAGGGAUGGUGGUGGCUUUGGUGGUCGAGGUGGAGGCAUGAGGGAUGGGGGAUUUGGUGGACGUGGUGGUGGCGGUUUUGGUGGACGUGGUGGCAUGAGGGAUGGAGCUGGUGGGAGAGGUGAUUUCUUUCCUGGUAGGGGCAACAGAGGUAGGGGAUCUGGUGGUCUUCGUGGUGGUCAUGUUGGUUGGGGUAGGGGUGAACGUGGUAUGGAUGACCGUGGACAGGGGCGCGGACGUGGCCGAUUUGACAACAGAAGGGACGCUUCUUACAAAAGUAGAGGAAGAAGUUAUAGUCGAAGCCCAGAUAGAGUCCGAACAUGGGAUUAUAGUAGUAGUAGCAGAAGCCGUAGUAGAAGCAGAAGCAGGAGUUGGAGCAGGGGUCGUAGUAGAAGUCGAAGUCGCAGCUGGUCUCGUGGCCGAAGUUACAGUCGGAGCCGGAGCCGGAGCCGAAGCCAUACCCGCAGCCGGAGUCGGAGCCGGAGCCCCAGUUAUGACAGGCGGGAUAGGUCAGUUCAACAAGUUCCUGAUCGAAAGGAUCUUAGGGCACACGAAGUGGGAACUUCUGAUCCAAGAAUGCUUCCCUUGUCUCCUGGUCCUGGCACACAGGAGAAUUCCUCUUUGGGAAGUGAACAAGGGCAGCAGCAAUCUGUUAUUGGUAGCUCUGAUCCAGGGAAUCCAGAAGCUGUAGCAGACAUUAGUCAUCAAUCAGGUUCUGGUGUUUAGACUCGCGAUUGGAUUCUCGAUUUUUGGGAAGGCAUUCUAACUUUUUGUCUUGAGUGGAUAGGUGGGUAAACCUUCCACUUUAGUUUAAGAUUGUCUUUACAUGGUGAUAUUACCUGAUGGCUAGAGGUUCAUUCACGGGGUAGUGCUGUAAGAAAUGAGUGAACAGUCUAAUAUGAUAUGAUACUGCAUCAACAUUAUUUGGUGGGAGUUGUUCAAUGGGUACCACAGGUGCUUAAUUUUGAUCAAUUGGCGAUGCUCGUCUAGCUUACGUAUCGGUCUGGUUGGUUUUAUUGGAGGGCAUUAUUUUAAUAUUUAUAUGUAGUAUUAGUUGUGGAAUUGGAAUUAAACAAAUUGUAACGAAUCGAUUAUUGUUUUGUACUAGGCAUUGUGGUUAUUAUUCUCUGCUUUUCCCCCUUUA